UACUUUAUCAAGUUAACGUUUAACAAUAUCUCAUUUUUGGAACAAUUGAAAAAAUUUAAUUAUUAUCAUGAAUAAGAAACUUUCACCAGAAGAUGCAUUCUAUGAAAAUUUGACGUUAGGACUGAUUAAAACUCUAUCAAAUGUACCACGCGUCUGCAAUGUUAAUUUGGAGCGCCGUCAGCCGCUUAAUCUCUGUCAGGUGGUUAAUUGGGAGCAACGACAUUGUGUCUAUCUACCGGAAGAUAUGAAGAAGUUUUACUUGUCCACCGACGGAUUUGUGCUCAACUGGAGUUAUCAAUAUGCGCCUAGCGACAUUCGACGAGUGGGCUAUAUACACUUUCCUCACCUGCUGCAGGUGACUCUCUUACGUGAGAACAUCGAGAAUACACACUCGGUCAGCAGUUCCACAUCCUCAACCAAUACUGGAACAGCCGGCACAUCCACAACGAGUGCCACUUCGAGCUCAGCCCCCAAAGAUAAGGGAGACAAUGGACCACCCAUAAUAAUGCCCAAGACCAAAAUAUUCGAAAUUAAUAACAUCAAUGAGGUGGCCAAGGUUUGCAUGUUUUACGAAUCAACGAACUCGAACAACCCGAGAUUUUAUUUAUUGGAGCUGAACACUCUGAGCUGGCAAUUUCUGGCCGAGACGUUCAGUGAGUAUCUGCGCAUGGCGAUUGCACAUUUGGGACUUCCCUAUUGGGAGCUGUGCUUCUCCAGCUUCGGUUUGCCCUCGUGGACAGAGCAAUUGUUUUUGUUGCUAGCUCCACAUUUGCUGGAAAAGCACGAACUUCGACGCGGACGCAUUAUAAAUCCUGCCUGUGAGCAUCCAUACAAUAUCAUUGAUCCCAAUAUAUUUCGUGGGAAACCAAAGAGUUUAGCUAAAACGUUGACAAACAGUGGAAAACCACACAAGUGAAUUCUGGUAGAAAAUGUAAACUGUUUAUAUUUUGUUAACAAAUGCACACAUUGGCAAAAGAACCAUAAUUGUACUAGAACAUGACAUGAAAUAUGAAAUGAGAUUAUGUCUCACAGAAUUAAUAAAAGUCCGCACUCUUAUCUUCCAAA